UCCAAGUAAAAUAAAAUCCUUGAUAACAUCAGUCUUUUCUGCAUUUAUCACAAUGUUGCUUAUUGGUCCAGUUGUGAGGAUUUUUAUUUUAUGUUGAGGUACAAUACAUGCUGAAGGCUGUGGUCUUUGAUCUUCAUCAGUAAGUGCUUCAAGUCCUCGCUUUCAGCAAGCAAGGUUGUAUCAUCCCCAUAUCACAGGUUUUUAAUGAGUCUUCCACCAAUCCUGAUGCCCCAUUCUUCUUCAUGUAAUCCAGCUUCUCAGAUUAUUUGCUCAACAUACAGAUUGAUUAAGUAUGGUGAAAGGAUGCAACCCUGAUGUACAUCUUUCUUGAUUUUAAACCAUGCAGUAUCCUCUUGCUCUGUUUGAAAACUGCCUCUUGAUCUAUGUACUGAUUCCUCAUGAGCACAAUUAAGUGUUCUGGAAUUCUCAUUCUUUACAAUGUUAUCCAUAAUUUUUUAUGAUCCACACAAUCGGAUGCCUUUGCAUAGUCAAUACAACACAGGUAAACAUCUUUCUCAUAUUCUCUUGUUUCAGCCAAGAUCCAUCUGACAUCAGCAAUGAUAUCCCUCCUUUCACAUCCUCUUCUGAAUCCGGCUUGAAUUUCUGGCAGUUCCCUGUCGAUGUGCUGCUGCAACUGCUUUCGAAUGAUCUUUAGCAAAAUUGUACUUGCGUGUGACAUUAAUGAUACUGUUCAAUAAUUUCCACAUUCUGCUGGAUCACCUUUCUUUGGAAUGGGCACAAAUAUGGAUUUCUUCAGUGGGUUGACCAGCCAGCUGGGUACUGAAGUAGCUGAAAUGCGAAAAAGGCAGCAGACACAAAAUGAAGGAACACCUGCUAUGUCUCAAGCACCUGGAAACCAGAGGCCCAACAACACAUGUUGCUUUUGCUGGUGCUGUUGUUGCAGCUGCUCCUGCCUCACCGUUAGGAAUGAAGAACGAGGAGACAGUGCAGGAAGACCGGCGCAUACCACCAAAAUGGAGAGCAUCCAGGUCAUAGAGGAAUGUCAAAACCCCACUGCAGAUGAAGUCUUGUCCUGGUCUCAAAAUUUUGACAAGAUGAUGAAGGCUCCAGCAGGAAGAAACCUUUUCAGAGAGUUCCUCCGAACAGAAUACAGUGAAGAGAACCUACUUUUCUGGCUUGCCUGCGAAGACUUAAAGAAAGAGCAGAACAAAAAAGUAAUUGAAGAAAAGGCCAGAAUGAUAUAUGAAGAUUACAUUUCUAUCCUAUCACCAAAAGAGGUCAGUCUCGAUUCUCGAGUUAGAGAGGUGAUCAAUAGAAACCUCUUGGAUCCUAACCCUCACAUGUAUGAAGAUGCCCAACUUCAGAUAUAUACGCUAAUGCACAGAGAUUCUUUUCCAAGGUUUUUGAACUCUCAGAUUUAUAAGUCACUUGUUGAAAGUACUGCUGCUGGCUCUGCUUCCGAAUCUUAAUUUCCAUUUAAAAAAAGAAAAAUGAUUUUGAAGGGCCAGAAUGGGAAGUGAAAGUAGUUCAAUAACAUCCGAAACUGAGUUCCUGGAGAACUACAGGUUAGCAUUUCUCAGGCUACUGUGAAAACAAUACAACCAUUAUGGUUUCUGUCUCCAUUUUUAUCGAGGUUAUCUCUGGUUAAGUUUGGAGAAAAUAACACUUAAUACAGAUGAAUUGCCAAAUUAUUUGUUUUAUUCAACAAUUCAUUCUCCUUGCAAGCAAGCUGUAUUUGUAGUCCUCUGAACAGUCUCUUAGUGUACCGCCAGACGCUGCAUGUGCCAAGUAAAACCGCUUCAUUUGCCACAUAGUUGUUGUAAUAUUUAAUCCAAUGGCAUAACUUAUAUCUGUAUUUAAGGACUUUUGUGCAAUAUGGUCUUAGAGAAAUAGUUGCCAAAAACUGGCUGUGGUUUGCAUUUUUUAACUUCAUCUAAGACACAGGAAGCCAAUUUUUAAAAACGUAACAAUGGUAUUCAACAUGCUGUAUACUGUGUUCAGUACACUAAUUUUGAAGCCAAUAUUUCUGUACAUGAAAAAAGAGCUAUUUAUAACUGUUUGUUGGGAAAUCCCAAUGGAAGGGGGAGGAUUUCUCUGGUUGGCCACUGCCAAAACUGUGGCAUCUGCAUUACAGAAGAGUUUGCUAUGUAAAAAAAGAAGAAAAAAAAAAAAGCACAAAACAAUUUGAAGAUAGCCUAUCUCAACGACAAAUCAAUGAGUGAUAUUGUUUUUAAUUGUAAUAGAAAAAAAAUACAUGUAUAUAACAGAUGUCCAAUACUGUAAUUCAUUUAUUAAAGACUGGCUGUCCAGUUCCAAAAUGGUUGUGUAAAGUUAUGUAUUUCAGCAAGAGAAACAAAUAAUAAUAAGCUCGAUAACUUAAUUUUGAAAUAUAAAGGAUUUAAUAAAGGAAUGCCUACAUGUAGCAUACAAACUUUUCAUGAACAGCACCUGUCCAAUGGCAUAUUUUCCUUGAAAAUGAAAUCCAGUGACAAGCUAAGUUUUUAACCAAGAAAGGUUUUAUAAGGGUUAUGAAGAAGAUGAUUUUCUACUUCAGACCUUAACUGUUUUCACAUAGUAUCAUAAGAAUAACUUAUUUUAUAAAUGUUCAAACCAAACUAUUAAAUCUCAUCCAUAAUUACGAGGCACUGUAGUACUCAAGUUUUCUAGCUGCCAUAUUAUUUUUUAUAAGUACAACUAAAACUUUAAGACAGAAUACUUGUCUGAUACUGGCAUGUACUUUUGACACUCGAGAAAACAGUAUCCUGUCAUGUAGAAAAAAAUAAUAACCAAUGUCAUGUUUAUAUCAAAUGUUACAUUUGAACAUUGGUACCCCUUGAAGGCUAUUUUUUAAACCUUAAAGUGAAUGAACAUAAUACUGAGUAACCUAAACUGAAAGUUUUAAAAAUAUUUAUACCCACUGAGAACACUGGCCUUAUAUUAAGGAUGAUAUUAAAAUUACAGGUUUUCUUUGUCAUUUUUUUAACUACCUCUCAUUUUUUUUAAUUUAUUAAACAUAUUUUUAAAGAAAAAAGUUUGGGGUUUUCUUUUUAAAUUUAUUUUACUUGAAGGCUGACAUUGUAAGUUUCUUUUUUCCAUAAGCUUAAAACAUUUGAGGAAUUGUUUUUUAAAGUGAAUUUGAUUUUCUAGUUUCUAUAGAAUUCAGGAGAUAUGAUUCAAAGGGCUAUUAUCUAUUCCCUAUGCAAAUAUUUUAACUGUUGCGGCGUUUGACAAAAUGGGAUUCAAAAAAGUUUGCAGAGUAGAAAACAAUAUGUUCUGUUUACACUGGCGUUGCUGACUAUCCUACCAUAUUCAGCACUUUUAAAUACAUUAUUUAUGACAAUGUAGUUAAAAUGUAAGAUAGAAAAUAUUUAUAAUAAUCACUUCUUUUAAUAAAUGCCUGUUUUGUCUGAAAGUGUUACUGUGUUAAGACAUAUUUUAUCCAUGUCAAUUAGGUAUUUACUAUUUGAAUAAUAGUUUUCAGUAAAAUGUUGCUGUGAAAAAGAUAGCUAUGAAGAUGUUUACAAAAAGCCCUAUUUUUUUUUCCUAACCAGUGAAGAAAAACCUAAAAGAAUCAUCACUUCCAUUGUGAAGUUUUGUUGUUCCUGAAAUUAUUUUUCUUUUGAUUAGAAUUGAGUUGAUUAUGCUACUAUGAUGUAUGUGCAUAUACAGUGUACUAUCAUACUUGUUUCUGUGUUCGAGGCACAAUAAAUUGGUGCACAUGACUAGAAAAUAUGUAAUAUACACUGGCACAAUGCAUGCUUGUCUUUUUAAAUGUAGACUUUAUAUUCUUGUUGUUACUAUAUAUGAUGGUGACCUGCUAGCCGUAAGUUAUCUUUAUAAGAUACUUUGGUCUACUGGAUGAAUUGUCUGUUUGACAAUACCUUUAAUAUUUUACCAAAUGUAAAGGAUAAGGGCCCUUAUAAAGAGCCCUAAUCUCUCACCUGGGCAUUCGUAGAAUACAGGUUUUGCAAUUGGUAUACAUCCUUUUGAAUUAUGAUCAGGAAGUUGUGUUGAGGAUGGUUCUAGAGGAAAUGUAUACAUCAGAUGCUGGUAGGCAUGCUGUAUGAGCAUUUCUGUGCUAAACUAUUUUUGGGAGUCGGUUCUCAUUUAAUUUUAAAACACUUAAAAUUUCUGAGAGUGUAUCAGUAUGUGUAUUUGCCACUACCAGUAUAUCUUUUAAGUAUGGCGUAAUUCCUUCUGUUUAAGUUACCAAGCUAUAAUAAACAAGCCCUCAACUGGUCUGUCUACGCUACCAUUCCAAGAGCACAAUAUUUGUUUUAGUAGAAUUUGAGUUUUCCUAGUGGGUAAAUUACUCCCUGGGGGAAAAUUAGCACUUUAGAAGGAAUACUUCCUCCUUAAGAUUGCCAAAAUAGCUUUGUGUGCUGUUAGAGUCUGCCAAUGCACCAGGAGGAAGUGAGUGCACUUUCUGAAGUGCCUCAUUCAGAUGUGUCUAUAAUGGGAGGAAAGUAUACGUGUAUACUCUGAGAGCCAGACUUCUGCAGAGACUGAUCUCGUAUGGAGAUCACACUUGGUAACGGACGGUACUUCACUCUGGCUGCUGUUACGUUACCCUAAUGUAGUAUAGAUGCUCUGACAGUAUUUUAGAGGCAGCUUGAGGCACAGUAGGUGUACUGGCAUAUGAACAAUAAGAGCAAAACACAAUUUUUAUAUCAAAGUUAUGAAGUACAAAUGUCAAGACCAUAAUGUGGUCUUUUUUUUUUUUUUCUUAAUCUAAAAAAUAUGUACAUAGGAUGACCAGUUAUAAUAUCUGGUCAUGGUGCAUGAGACAUUUAUUAGGAUCCUUUAAUGCUGCCUAGGCUCUUACUUACAGAAUGAAAUGUAUAUUGGAUAUUUACCUGAUAGUUCCAUUUUGGGAAAGGACUAUAUAAAUAGGUAAAUAAUGUUUAUUUAUUAGGAGCAAAAAUACUUUUUCACCUCAUUGAGCUGAUUUAAAAUAACACCUGCUUAAUUUGGGGUUUAUCCAUUUUUUUCUUUAACUUAUGCUGAGAAAAGUAAAUCAUUGUAAUUGUGACAAAUGACAUUUGCAAAAAAUAUAUCAGAUGCUUUGGGGAAAAAUGUAAAGGGGACGAGUUUUUAAAAACUCAGGAAAAUAAGAACCCCUCUGAAAACCACCUAAAAUUUCAUAGAUCUAAAAUGCCUGUAGAUAGAAUCCUAUCAGAAAUAAACACUUUGAGCUUGAUACAUUGGCAAAUUAUUUUGAAAGGUGGUGAAGAUAUUUCUAAAACAUUUUCUUGGCCACGUAUUUAUAAUUGACAGUUUAUGAUCCUAAUUUUCAAAGUGUAUUUUGCAAAAAUUUUAUUUGAGUGCCUUUUUCAGUUCUUUAAAAGUUUUUGAUCACUAUAAAACGUUUGUUCUGAGACAACAGUAUUCACUACAUAAAAAUUUUAGUAAUCCCUCACUUGCUACCUUCGCAAAUAUUUAUCAGCAAAACCGAUACCAAAAAACUUGUUUCAAAAGAUUUUUUCUGCAACAUUCUUACUACAUGCCUGCAACACACAGCAGUAGGGAGUGUGUACUAUUGUUUACAAACACCCAUCAUUAAUUUCUUUGAGUAUUUUAGAAAUCGUUACUGUCACAGGUACAGUUCCCCUCCAGCCCAAAGCGACAUCUUUUCAGAUUAAUUCAAGGGGAAACUAAAAACUUGUAUUCUAAUGAAAACACAAUGAAAGGAAAGGUGUCACCCUAACUGUUAGCAGGAGCAGUUCUGAGGAUUAACUUUCUUCCUAGGACAAAAGCUCUAAGACGAGUGGGCAAAGGAAAGCCGUGAAGACAAUAACCAAAGGUAACAUUUCCUAACACGUCAUACAUGGUCAACAUCUGAAGUUCAUUCAAUCUUCAUUAUUUCUUAUAUUAAGUCUCCUUUCUGUUUCAGAUAUUUCAGCAUUUUAAAACUGACUUAAACUGAACUGCUGUUAUAGGGUUCCAGCUUUUAAAUAGUUAGAAAUACAUAUUUUAGAAUAAAAGUUACAGAAAUUGAAAACUAGUCUUGGAUACGUGUCCUUUCUAAACAUCUAGCUCUUAUUGCUGUAUUAAAAUGCUGUCACAUAUAAUGCUUACUCAUGAAAAGGUAUGCCCACAAAUUCAUAUACGGAGAGUCAUCUAAAAAAAAUUGGUAACUUAGAAUUAUGAAUUUUAUUUCGAGUUACAUUUUUCUCUCUCAUUCGACGUUGGGCAAAUCAUUUUACCUCUGUUUCCUCAUCUGCAAAAGAGGAACAUAUUUAGUUUACAGUAUUACUAUAAAAAUUAAAUGAAAUAAACAUGGAAAGAAUACAGUGCUAUAUAUAACACUAUUAUUUUUAUCAAAGUUCUCCAGAUCAAUAAUCCUCAUUUUCAAGACUAUCUGUAUUAAAUGUUAUUUUAAUGCCUUUCCCCUAUUUUUCCAAACAAUUUAAAAAUCUGAUUUAAUUUCCUAUUAAGGAAAAAAAAAGCUUAUUUUAAGAUGGAGGAAGUAUCAGUAUGGUAUUGUUCAGUAAUAUGAUUCACAAUCAUUGUUUUCAGCUCACCGAUAUCACUGAAUCGGUAAUCUAGAAAUAUAUUUCUGUCGAUGCCAUACAUAAGUAUAUGGUUAUUGUAAAGUGAGAGCUGUUUAAAAAUUUAAGUUAAAAAUAAAGUUUAAAUAAGAUAAAUCAUUGAAAGUUGUAUUUCCCAAAAGAAAUUUAAAAAUAUUCCCAAGGAUCAGAAUAUAAAUGUCAUCAUUUUCCAAAUAAAUAAAUAAAUGAAGGGAUUUGACAGCAACUACCAACAACAGAGCUAAAAGUAACUUAAAAGGGACUGACCAUUAGAAAACAUUGCCACUGACAUCCAGAAAAAAAAAACCAAACCCAGGCCGUCGAGUCAAUUCUGACUCAUAGCGACCCUGUAGAACAGAGUAGAACAUAGAAGGGAAAAAAAAAAAAAAAAUUUUUUUUUUAAUAUUAAACCAAAA